AGGGCACAAUUGCGGUUUCUGACUUUGGUGGAAUUUGUGGAGGAUCAGGAGAAGCGUAAAGAAAUACUCCAUGAAUAUAAAAAAUGGCGUCAUAGCAGAAAUGCGAAGGAGUAUUGGAAGAGGAGAGAAGACGCUGAGCUUGGGGAAGAAGAUGAAUCAGAGGCAAGCUCUUCUGUGGCCGGCAGCAGCACCACAAUUUUGGCUGAAGCAAAGAGAAUCAUCAUCAAUAGCCUGCCACUUACAAGUAUUGAUUCCAACAACAACGUAUAUGCCAGUAGUUUGAUGCUUAACCAGAUGGAAAACUUCCUUUCUGAUAUCAUGAUAUCUCUGCUCAACAUAGUCAUCAACGUUAAUUGCCGUAUACUCACCAGGAUAAACGAAGAAAGCAGGAUCCUGGAUUUAAUCAACGCUACCGCAGACCAAGUCCUUAUCCGUAUACUGCAAUGCGUGAAGACGAUGGUAGAGCCACUUCCCUUUCACAAUCAGAAGAAGGAGAUCAAAGAGCUUGAAUUGUGUACAUGGUAUCUACAACCCUGUUUCCAAAAACGCUUUGACUCAGAUGACCUGUCCAUCAUGUUUAAUUGGCACAAUGUCAGCUGCUUUACAGAUACCGACAUCUAUACUACUCAAAACUGUCCAGAUGGCUGCGUUGAAAACCACCUCACAGCAACAGGUUAUCGGGACGUUAAACCAAUCAAGCAUUCCAAGAACCAUCGUAAAGUAAACAUCGAUUUGCAUCGUUUGGGCACUUUCGCGAAGACUGGUUCAAGCAAGUUCAGAUCAAGGUACAUGUUUUAGGUUAUGACU